GGAUAUUCCCAUAACAAAGAACCAUGUACCGAUGAUGUGCUUAAGAAAUUAUUCUUUGCCCUGCUUUUGCUGAGAAGUCUUCUUUCUGCUACUUUCACUUUCGUUUGCUUUCCUUUAGUACUGCCCUUGGCCCCUGUCAUCUCCGGCCUGGCACCCUCCUACGAUCCCGGCACGCCGUCCAGCCUUCUAUGUACAGCACGAGGGGCACGCCCAGCGGCCGACAUAAGCUGGUCACUGAAUGGGCAGAAAAUCGAGAGCAUUAAUUCCUUACCUGAAAUCAGCGCCAACGGGACUUUCGUGUCGACCAGUACUUUGAUGAUGACUACACCAUUCAGGGACGAGGACGCUACGGUGACAUGUUCGGCCACAAACACGGCGGUACAACACUCCGAGCUCCCAGCACCCGCCUCAAGCAUUACUCUCAGGAUUAACUACGCCCCCACGGUGAAGUUAAACUUUACCCUUGACGUAGUCAACGAAGGUGAAGACGCUGUGUUGAACUGUGUCGUCUCGUCGCGCCCCCUACCUGAAGCCAGCGAGAUUAAAUGGUUGAAGGGUGACACUGUGACGUCAGGUGGUCGAUAUACUGUCGGAAACGCCAGCAACCCUUAUCUACUCAUACGAGAUGUAAACAGGCAUGACUCUGGGACAUACAGAUGUCACGUGUCUAACCACUUGGGCUUCGCAGAGAGCGAGUCGAUAACACUGGUUGUGCAUUACAGACCAUAUUGUUCUGUAAAUCAUAGAACAAAGUACGCCGUACCCACGGGCUAUAGUGCUAAGAUACGGUGUGUGGUCGGAGCUUUUCCUAACGAUGUGACAUUUCGCUGGAUUAACCCUAGUAUUGACGGUCGGGUGUCUGUGUCAAUAACCCGGGGGGUAGUGGAGCAUUCAGACCCGUACCACGCUGUCAGCUAUCAGAACGUCUCUAUCAGUCGCAAGGAAGAUUACAGAUCUGUUAUUUGCAACGCAUCCAACAGUAUUGGGGCCAUGCUGGAGAGUUGCUAUAUUCACAUUGUACCUCCUGGUCCCUCGGAAGCCCCAACCAAUUGCUCCGUCCGUGACGUCACCAACGGCUCUCUCAUUCUUACGUGCCGCCCUGGAUUUGAUGGCGGCUAUCCUCAGACGUUCAUCCUGUACCAAAGUCAACCUCAUCGCCAUUUUCAGCUCGCCCAGAUCUGGGACACACCACAGUUUCUCGUUACAGGCCUGCUGCCAAACACAUCAUAUAAUCUACGUGUGUGUUCCAGAAACGAAAAAUAUCCAUCCAACGAGAACUGUUCUUCUAUUUUGACCGCCCGGACCCUGUCAGGUUCUUCUUCUGCGCUUCCCGAUGGCGAGGUACAGACAGCAGGGAUUGGUGCUUACAUAGCUAUUCCCAUCUGCUUACUCUUGAUUAUUGUCUUCAUCGCUCUGUUCCUUGUAUACUGGAGAGUAUACAGAGCCAAACGGGACGAUAAACUUUCCCCUGGCAGGGUUGUUGUUGCAAGAAGCACUGGGUCACUCGUUUUCGAUCGUGGCAGUCAGCGCUGGAGAAAAUAUUUCACGAAAGGAAGUUUGAAACCAGCCAUGACUGCUGGCAAGGGUGAUCUGUACAGAGCCAGGGAGAAACAACUACAGGCGAUUGUAGACAGGAUAGACUGGCGAGAAGGGCUGAGAGACGUGGAUUACAAGAACAGGUGUGCUGAUACCGAGAGUGCGGCCGCGGAUGACAUAGAGCUUACAGACAGCAUUUCCGGUAGAGAGUCAAAAGGGCAACGCACACGGCCUGACGGUAACACGAUGACAGUUUCCUGCCACUUACAUGGGACCGAAACGGGAACGGCUGUGUCUGGUCAGAUGAACGGAGAUGAAGCGGAAACGGACCACAAUGGUAAUGGUGUAUUGAACUGUGCCUUCGAGGAUAGCGGGGCUAUCGGCGUAGUCAAGCAGAACAUGGAUAUGACUUACCUUCGUAGGAGACUGCCCACGGAGUCGGAAACGGACUGUGAAGGCAGCAGUGAGACGACGGUGACUGGGAUGGACCGGAUGGCGGCGAGCGGGUCCGAGAUGGAUUCGGGAUCCCCGCGGAAACUGUACAGCGACUCGGAUCGGAAGUCUGAUUGCAGUACCUUGCGUAGUGGACAUUACGGUGAUGGGGUGGCUCGCAGUGGCAGCUAUAACAUAGCUAUAAGCGGCAACGAUGACUCUAGUUCUAAGAGUGCGAGUACUACAACAAGCGGCGCUCAGUCUACAUUUUGUCACCUGCAAGAUGAACGCUAUCAGGGAAUAGAGCCAGUUUAUUUCUAAUUACGCUACCAAGUGCUGCGAACUGACCUUGUGAUGCAUAGUGCGUGACGUAUAGUUCGUGAUAUAUUAUUCGUGACACAAUGUUGGUGACACAACAAUUCGUGACACAGAGUUCGUGUGCAUACUUGCUGAGAGGCAUAGCUCAGUGAUGCAAAUUUCGUGAGGCAGUUUGAAAGUUCAUGAGGCAAUUUGCGCGAAAUGGUGCUGUGAAUGGUGUGCAUAGUAACAAAGCUCUAUGUUUGACGUUCACAACAGGAACCUGGACGCCGUGGGUGUCAGCUGCGAAUCGUAUUUUGUGUGCAUAUCCAUGGCCUGUAGCACAGUGUGAUAACAAUGCAGUGCCUCAUGACGAUAACGUUCAUCGUUCUUAUAAUUUCCUCUUAUUUUUUGUGUCUACUUAGUAUUUCCUCUUGUGUAAUAUAUUUCAGCUGUUGAUAUUUUUCAUGGUUGGAUUAGAAUUUCUUUUGAUUUAAUCUGCACCGAGGUGUGUUCAGAUGCUAGCGUGUAUGUAUGCGUGUCUUCUCUGUCUUGGAAAUGAAGAAAUAUACUCUGCCUUGGGACUGUUUUUCAGCCUGUUGGCCUACCGUUGUUUUCUGUCCACUGAUUUAAAUUGUGAAUCCACUGUGGAAUACAAUUUAUUAUACUAAUUAGAGUAUAAAAAAGACGAAUAAAAAUACAAAGACCAUACCGACGGUAAAUUUGUAGUGGACUUUAUAUAUCUCCAGAUCUCGACUUUCUAGAUUUCAUGAUUGUGAAAUUACAUAUGAAGAUC